AAGGCCGGCAUUGAGGGUAGACACCUGACAUGGACCCGGUUACCACAGGGGUCCAUGACUAGCCCAUUGGAAUAUUGUUGCAAGCUAAAGGUGGUAUUAGACCAGUGGGUGCCAGAGGAUCCGGAGGUCGCACUGUUACAAUAUGUGGACGAUCUAUUAGUUUGUUGCCCGGACAAGGAUUCAUGCUAUAGACACACUAUCUCGCUACUGAACCAUCUGGCAUCCACUGGGAAUAAGGCUAGCAAGGAAAAAUUGCAGUUUUGUAAGGAGAAGGUUAUUUUUCUAGGCCUCUGUAUCUCAAAAGGGACCCAACACCUAACAACACAACAGAUAUAGACUCUCAAAGACUUAACCCCACCUCGUAAUGCCCGACAGUUGAGAGCCCUUCUAGGUCUGAUCAAUUACAGCAGAGAUUGGAUCCCUAAUAUUUUAUUCAGAAUGGGUCCUCUCUAUACUUUCUGUGUUAUUACAGAAAGUUGGUGACAUAGUUUUAGAUUCCUCUCUAACCUUUCUCAUCCCACACUCUGUCCAAGAGAUUCUCAACCAGGUCCAAACCAAACAUCUUUCAGCAGCACGUCUGACCAAAUCUGAAGUGACUCUCCUUACCCCUACUAACCUCACACUGAGACGAUGUACAAUCCUCAAUCCCGCAUCUCUUCUCCCGACCCAUUCUGACUCGGAAGAAGAGGGGGGGACGAAGGGAUUGUGACUGACUCUAACCCAACCAUGACAGAACCAACAGACAAUCACAACUGUCUUGAACUCAUGGAACCCGAGACAGAAGCAGUACAACAUCCACCUCCGUGACGGGCGGAUCCACGCCAGCCACUGCAAGAAGCUGCUGGACUAUCAAGUGCAAUGAUCAGGUGCAUUGUUUCUAUAUACACUUGUUGUUUAAUGUAUUUUGGAUACUGUUAUGAGGAGUCACAUCCGAAUUUACUGUUCAAGAUGCAUUUACAAUUAGCAAAGACAGCAAAUAGGUCCAACUGCUGGGUGUGCUCCAAACCCCCUCCAAGCCAGAGCAUCCCGGCGAUGGCGGCAGUACAUGCCCUUUAUGACAUCAGGGUGGGCAUGAGAAAAUUUAGUCCUUCAGGUAGAUCAGUGGAACGCCAUCUGUCCAUAGAAUUUAAUCAGACAUUCUUAGAUGGUAAUGUCACCUAUGGUCUUGAUGUCAGCCCUGAGGCUUGUACUAGACUUAGCAGACCUGUGUGGGUAUCCGGUCAAUUAGGCCAGUCCGGGAUUUGUUUUAAUAUCAGCUCUGGUUUUGGAGCCAAGUCCCUGAGGAGGACCGAAUGCCCAUCUGGGAUAACCAUCCAGAUCGACCAUAGAAUCCCUGACAAUAACAACCUAACCACCAGACAUGAUUAUGUCUGCUGGGGGGGAGGGUGUGACAUUCAGGAGGGCGCAGCAAUCCCAUUAUCCAUCCAGUUGUUGUGCAAUACCCAUAACCGUAACCCCAAUGACCUUUGUGUCUCAUUAACUGGGCCCUAUUACUUUUUGUGCGGCCAGGCUGCCUAUAGAGUCGUUCCCCCGAAUACUAGAGGGUCAUGCUCCUUAGUCAGGUUAGUCCCUGCCUCCUACAUUGCCGACAGUCACAAGGACUUGAGGGUGCAGAGGAGGGUAAGUGUGGGAAGAAGGACCAGGAGAGAGCUAUUCUCCGCAGGGGACCGUGCAUGGGCAUGGUUUCCGGCAUGGACCGGAUGGGGUAUAGAACUUAUGAAGCGGCUAAAUAAUUUUUCCAUCAUAAUGGACGAGAUGUUUAAUGAGACAGUCGAAGCCAUGAGAGAAAUUUCUUCUGAACAACGAUAGCUGAAGACCCUUAUGCUUCAGGAGAAAAUGGCUCUCGACUAUCUUUUAGCAUCAAAGGGGGGUUUCUGUGAGUUCAUCGGGGAGGAUUGCUGUACCUGGGUGGAAGAUACUGGGGACAAGGUUCAGGCCCAUCUUGACAAGGUGAAAGCAUUACAGGGACAAGCACGAGCUAUUGCAGAGGAGGGUUGGAACCCCUUUAAAGGUUUAGGGGGCUUCGGUGAUAUGUUGUUUUCUAUUGGAUCAUGGCUUAAAGAAGUUGGAGUGUAUGUCCUGAUGCUGCUCUUUCUUUUCCUCCUCUAUAUGACGGCGAGAAUGACCUGUUGUUUGGUGAACCAAGUUGCAAGGAGCCGUGCAGAGGACCGUGUGAUGAUUCCAUAAAGAGCCAUCGCCUGAAGCAUCCGGAACCCUUUACCUCAGGAAGAUCAGCACAUGAAGAACCACCACCUUUUUUUUUUAACAAACUAUGGACUGUCCCUAAAAGAACCGACUUCUUCCCUUCUUGGAGACUUUUGUUGGGCUGUUCUUCUCAAAGAAGACAUAACCAGAAACCUUGUAUGAUGACUGCCUAAAGGCCAGUCUGGACCUCAUGAUCAAGAUAUAAAGAAGAUCAAGAAUAUUAGGCCGGUUCUUCUUGUUAGUGCCUUUGUAGUGUAGCAUGUUCCCUUUUCUUUCUGUACCCUUUAGAAGCUUUGGUUGGAGUGAUUGUAGCGUUAGGAAGCCGUUGCUGUGACGACAUAUGGUGAAAAAGGAGGGACUGA